AUGUCUUCAACCAAUUCGUCAAGUUCAACUUUAUCAAAAGCUGAUCUUCAAGUUCUGGUAACAUCAAAUAAUCCAUUAGUUUCAUUUGCAAAACCAGCAGGUGUGAGAAGCCAAUGCUGGUCAAAUUAUACUCAAGUAUAUCAUGAAAACAUUCCUCUGGACUUUAUUGUAUGUUUACAAUGCAAAACGGUAUUAAAAUGGACAAGUGGAAAUGGAACUAGAGUGAUGAAUCACCACAACUGUAUUAAAAAGAAACCACUUUCAGAAACUCCAAAUCGUCAACGAACGGUCUCAUCAUAUUGUCAACAAUCCUCAUCAUCUACAGAAUGUCCAUUAAUUAAAAAACGUAUUACAGAAGCAUGUGUUGAGUAUUGUGCAGUCGAUGGACGUUCCUUUGAAAGUGUAACUGGUGCUGGAUUUAUUAAUUUAGCUAAACAGUUAAUAUCUGCUGGUGCUACUAUUGAUACAUCUGUUAGUGCCAGUGCACUAUUGCCUCAUCCAAGUACAAUUAGUCGUAAUGUUGAACGUAUGUAUUUGGACUUGAAGAAGCAACUUAUUUCUUUAUGUGAAUCAAUCAAAUUUUUUUGUAUAACUUGUGAUUUUUGGUCGGAAAAAACAACAGGUAUUCACUAUGGUGGUUUAAGUCUUCAUUAUGUAGAUGCAAAGUGGCAACUUCGAGUAUUUACAUUAGCAUGUCAAGCUUAUGAUUAUGAAUCACAACAUGCAAUUAAUUUACGCGCAUUUGUGAAUGAAAUUUUGGAAGAAUUUGGUCUUUAUCUAAACGAUGAUAUUUUCAUUGUGAGUGAUAAUGAAAAUAAAAUGAAAAGUGCUUUUAAAGAAGAUGUUCAACGUGUUGGAUGUAGUGCACAUUAUUUAAAUAAAAUACUCCAACAUGCAUUCACCAAGGAUGAUAUUAAAUGUGACGUUGCCCAAGUAUUGUUUAAAACGGUUCGAUCUAUUGUUACAAAAAUUCGUCAAUGUCAUACACAGUCUCUUUUAUCAUCAUAUGUGCAAAACUAUUCAGAUACACGUUUUAAUGGUGUUUAUAUUAUGUUUAAUUCUUUAUUGAAAGUUUAUUAUGAAUUACCAACAGUUUUAACUGAUGAAUACAAGAAACAUUAUUUAAAAAUAGAUCGUGAUACUUUAGAAUUAUUCUGUGAAAAAACACCAACUUUGCAUCUUGUUAUUCCUUAUAAACAGUUCUUGAUUAAUUUAUCAAGUAUUACUGAUAAUGAUGAUCAAUUAAUUAUACCUUUAAAAAUGAUAAUUGUGAUUAUUAAAUUAUGA